CGCCAGUGUGCCUGGAGGUGAGCGGCAGUGGAAGAAGACAGCGACGCAUUAAAAAAAACCGCACACACACACAGAGUCAAACCUCUGUCAGAAAUGACUUUUAUUGAAAUUUUACCCUAAUAUGAUCCACUGUUGACAUCACAUCCACCAUGGGCGGUUUUGGAGUAUGUUGUGCCAGCCUCAAGGACAACAAAGCCCUGAUGAAGAUGGGGCUGGGGCUGGUGCUGGUGGGCCACAUUAACUUUCUUCUCGGAGGGCUGGUGCACGGCGCCGUGCUCAGGAACAUCAAGGCGCUCGACGAGGCCCGGCUCAUAGUGUACGCCAUCUCUAAUGUCAUCGCUAUUGUGGCAGGCUUGGUGGGAAUCAUCUGUGGAAUAAUUGCCAUCGUCCUGUCCAAAAACAAGAGGAACAAGAUCCUGCAGUGGGUCCUGCUGGUCUUCAGCUUCCUGACGGGCCUCCUGUCGAGCGCCUGCUGCGUCGGCUUGUCGGUUUCAGCGGUGAAGGCCAUCAUCAACAGGGGCAGCGGCCUGAUGACGGGAUGCACGUUUUCCGGGGACAUUCACGGCUCUUCCAGCUUCACGUACGAAUGCCCCUUCGACUACACGCGGAUCUUCGCCACCACGAUCAUUCUGUGGGUUCUGCUCAUCUUCAUGUCGGUGGUGGAGAUGGUGUUCUCCUUCCGCUGCUUCGCUGCCUGCACUUCAUUCCUCUACCUCUGUCCGUGCCGGAAGCAGCCGAUCCGGGGCAUAAGGCCUCGUAGCCACGGAGCCAGUGAGACUCCAUCGCUGCCUCGGGAGCGGGACCUGGAGAGCGACGCCGGAGCCGAGCCCGCGGAGCACAUCGAGCUGCUGGAGGACACGGCAGCGCAGCACAGCUCGUGGCUCUGAAGCGGUGGCACCCAGAGAGAGAGAGAGACAUGUGGCAAACCGCAGGAGUCGGGCGUUUUGAGUAUUAGGCGUCGGUUACAGAUAAAAUGUCUGAAGAGGUUUGUGGGUCUGAAGGCCGAAAUGGCAUUUUAUUUUGCUCUGAUGAAAUACUGCCGUUGGUUUGUUUUUAAAAUGUGUGAUUUUAUGUGUGUUUGUGUGUACUAUAUAGUGUUUUGAAAAUAAAUAGAGCCCGGUCACCUGCAUCUUCAA